AUGACAAGGAUUCCGGUGAGGUUUCAGAGGGUGGCGGCGGCGUUUGAUGCUGACGUGGCACGUGUGAGGCUUUGCGAGAGUAGCGGGAGCGAGCACUCCCCGGAGAGUUUAACGGAUUUGUCUGAUCUCGUGAAGUCCUUCAUGGAGAAGAACGAGACAAUUGGAGAAGAAGUGGGGGGUGUAGUUCGUUGUGACGAAGACUAUGAAAAGGGUGAUGAUCAAGAGGAGCUUGAAAAAUCUGAGUUUUCUGAUUCUGAGACGAGGGAAAUGUUGAAGGGUUUGUUUUGUGGGAAUGAAGAUGAUGAAAAGGAUGUGAAAGAAAAAAUUAGGAGAGAGGUUGAAGUUGCGUGUGGACUUGUUGGGGACAAUUCGUUGCCCGAAUUCAAACGCCGGUUGAUGUCUCGGUUGAGGGAGAAAGCUUUUGAUGCCGGGCUUUGCAAAUCGAAGUGGGAGAAAAACGGAAGAUUAACAGCUGGUGACUAUGAGUACAUUGAUGUGAAUUUUUCGGGAAAACGCUACAUUGUUGAAGUUUCCCUUGCUGCGGAGUUCGAAAUAGCUCGUCCCACAAAUCAAUAUUCUUCCUUGCUAGACAUUUUUCCAUUGAUAUUUGUUGGUAAAGUAGAAGAGCUAAAGCAAGUUGUGAGGCUAAUGAGCACUGCUAUUAAAGGCUCUAUGAAAAGAAUGAACCUACACAUACCUCCUUGGAGGAGAAAUGUGUACAUGCAAGCCAAAUGGUUUAGUGCUUACAAGAGAACAACUAAUGCGAUUACAACUAGAAAGGCAUCAUCACCUUUGUCUUCUAAAAGGUCCAUUGGAUUUGAAGUACGACCUGUGAAAGCAUGUUCUUGCAAGAAUGAUUAUGUGAGCAACACUGGGUUCAGAAUCAGCCAAUUGACCACUGUAUUUAAUUCUGAUAACUUGGGUGUGUAA